AUGCAUCUGAAGAAAACAUCACUUUUGUUUUUAUUUAUACCCGUAUUAUCCAGUUCUAUACAGUCCGAACGGACAGUUUAUAAAAUAGGUGUGUUGAUGGCAUCUCGACUAGACUCGCCGUUUGACCUGGAACGCUGCGGCCCUGCUGUUGAUUUGGCUUUGGAGAAAGUAAACGAGAAGUUCCUGGCGCAUCACGGAAUUGAACUCCAAAAGGUGCAGGGAAGUUAUCCGUCGUGUUCUGGCGCUAUAGCCCCGGGUCUCGCCGCAGAUAUGCAUUUCAAAGACGACGUAAUCGCAUUUGUGGGGCCAGCCUGUGCUUUUGCGUUGGAACCAGUAGCCAGACUGGCGGCAUACUGGAACACGCCUAUUAUUACCGGUAUGGGCGAUCAGCCCCCUUCUGAAGGUGAACUGGCAGCACCAGCGAGUGUUGUCAGCAGAAUGCAUCGAUUAAGAAAUCUACGCAAAGGAAUCAAGCCUCAAACAUUGUUCAACGACAAAGGAAAGUACCCCACACUGACUCGGAUGUCGUACUGUCAAUGUCGGCUACCGCACGUAUUCACUAGCGUCUUCGAAAGGUUCGGGUGGGCGCACGUUGCACUGUUGCUUGACAAGUCUGAUCUAUUCUCCCUUACUGUUGGUAAAAGCUUAGAAUGGGGACUACGGAAGGAGGGGAUCUUGAAAGCCGUUAGAGAACUGGAUGGAAACGAGAGGGAGUCUUGUGAGGCGCUAUUACGGGACGUCAGCAUGUACGCACGAGUUGUUAUCCUGAGCGUUCGAGGGCCUUUGGUGCGUGAGUUUCUACUAGCUGCACAUACACUUGGUAUGACGAGAGGAGACUGGGCGUUUCUGGACGUAGAAAUAUUCCAGGGCGGGUAUUGGGGCGAGACAGGUUGGGCGGCAGGUGACAAUCGAGACGCAGCCGCCAGGGUCGCGUAUGAAGCCCUACUCAGAGUAUCCCUGAAACUGCCCACCGGCGAUCGGUUUGAUGAUUUCGCUGAUGCAGUGAGAGCGAGAGCGAAGCAACACUAUAAUUAUACUUUUAUGGAUGGUGAAGAGGUGAAUUUCUUUAUCGGCGCUUUCUACGACGGUGUGUACUUAUUGGGGAUGGCAUUGAAUGAGACUCUAACCGUUGGGGAGGACAUAAGAGAUGGGCGGACCAUCACUCGACGAAUGUGGGGCCGUGAUUUCCAUGGUAUAACGGGGCAUGUAAGAAUCGACGCAGUGGGGGAUAGAGAUGCCGACUACGCAAUACUAGAUUUAGAUCCGGUGACCGGAAAAUUUGAGGUUGUGGCAUUUUACCACGGUCUGAAUAGCAGUUACAAACCGGUGGCUGGUAAGGCGAUACAUUGGCCUGGUGGUCGUCGAGGUCCGCCACCAGAUACACCAAGGUGCGGGUUUUGGGGCACAGACCCCAUGUGCCAGGGAGGUAAAGCCCAGACUGUUAUUAUAUACUGCUUUAUUGGACUGGCGAUAUUUUUAACGUUCGCUGUUACGGCUGCUUGCGUUGCUUAUAAGCAGGCCCGUAUCGAUGCUGAGCUGAAUAACAUGGCGUGGAGAGUGCGCCCAGAAGAGGUAUUGGUUGAAGUUGGCACGGGGCUCGGAGCCAGUCCUGCGCUUCACAGCAUCAACGAGGUUCUGUCUCUUGGUUGGAAUACCCGAAGUGGUAGUGGCACACCAUCGCUGGGGGCUCCAUCUCUCACGCUGUCUUCAUUUACCGUCGGCCUUUAUAAAGGCAAUCGAGUUGCUGUUAAGAAGAUACACAGAAAAAAACUAGAUUUAAAUAAAAAGCUAUUUUGGGAAAUUAGACAGGCACGGAAUGUUUCCCACGAGAACACAGCACGUUUUAUCGGCGCAUGCGUCGAUUGCCCACUAGUGUUUGUAUUAACCGAGUACUGCCCGAAAGGUUCCUUGAAGGACGUGUUGGCAAACGACGAAUUACAGCUGGACUGGAACUUUAGGACAUCAUUAGUACAUGAUAUUGUACAGGGCAUGUGCUAUUUACACGGCGGGCUGGGUGCGCAUGGUAAACUUCGCUCUUCAAACUGCCUCAUCGAUGGACGCUUCGUCCUGAAGAUCUCCGACUACGGCCUGAACACAUUAUGCACGCCCACCGACUUGAUAAAGGAUGACACGUACUAUUACAAACUGCUAUGGACCUCCCCGGAGUUGGUAGCAGCCAGCAUAUACCCUGGUGCUGUAGCCUCCCUUAAAGGCGAUGUGUACAGUUUUGGAAUCAUCCUUGAAGAGAUUGUUCUUCGAGCUGGACCUUUCCAUCACUACACAACUGCUAUGUCCCAUAAGGAAAUAGUGUCAAGAGUGUGUGCUCGCGAGUCGCCUCCAUUCAGGCCGGUGGUGUGUGUGAGCGAUGUGGGAGCUGUAGGUGCCGCGGGUGGCGGCGCCGGCGCAGCGGCCGAACUCCUAGAGUUGGCUGCACGCUGCUGGGCCGAGUGUCCUGAUGAACGGCCUUCUUUUGACACCAUUAAUGCAAAUUAUAUUAAGGGUUACUGUGAUAAUUUGAUGGACGACCUUCUCCGUCGUAUGGAGCAGUACGCGAACAAUCUGGAAUCUCUCGUAGAGGAGAAAACGGAACAACUCUCGUUGGAGAAGCGGAGAUCUGAAGAGUUAUUAUAUCAAGUACUACCCAGGCCUGUAGCCCAGCAACUAAUGGCCGGUGAAAUGGUGCAGCCGGAGAGCUUUGAGUGCGUCACAGUAUACUUUAGUGACAUAGUCGGCUUCACGGAGCUGUGCGCCGCUUCCACUCCCAUACAAGUCGUAGAUUUACUCAACGAUUUGUACAGCACUUUUGACAGAAUCAUAGGAUUUUAUGAUGUUUAUAAGGUAGAGACAAUAGGCGACGCGUAUAUGGUGGUAUCUGGUCUACCUGAGCGUAACGGCGACCUGCACGCUCGGGAAAUAUGCCUCAUGGCACUAGCCAUCGUAGAAGCGGUGCGAGGGUUUGUGGUUAGGCAUCGACCUACACAUCGUUUGGAGGUCCGCGUGGGGGUCCACUCUGGUCCCGUGUGCGCGGGUGUUGUGGGUGUGAAAAUGCCCCAUUAUUGCCUCUUUGGGGACACUGUUAAUACUGCAAGUCGAAUGGAGUCUAGCGGACAACCGCUCCGAAUACAUUUAAGCGAGAGUACACGAAUAUUGCUCCAACAAUGGGGCACGUUCAUGGUGGAACGGCGCGGUGAGGUUGAACUGAAGGGCAGAGGCAGGAUGUUGACACACUGGCUACUGCAAUGCUCCGAGCCCGAAGCUAGGCUGGUGAGCCAGGGACCACAGCCGCCCCCCCAGUACCCCAUUUUAUUCCCUGCCCUACCCCAACCACCAAUGGCUUUGCAGGUGCCAUAUUUAGUUGUAGAACCACCUACUUUAGCUGCUUAA